UCUCUUUAGUUGCCUUGAUCGUGAAGUGCUAUUAUACUUUAACAUGCCUUGCUCAAUUGUGGAAGAAUCUUCUAAUAAGCCGUCCUGGCUUUCAGAGCAAUACGUUCAAGAUGCGCUCCGAAAAUAUAUCAAAGACAAUUCCCUUGAAAUAGUGAAAUUAGAAAUAGUUCCGGCAUCCUCGAAAGGUGAUAAUUAUUGUGGUGUUAUGACGAGAGUUAGAGUUCAGUUCACAAGUGAUGAAUGCAAAGGUAUCCAAUCGGGAAGUUAUGUCCUAAAGUCUACAUUAGAGGAUGCUGCUGAUUCCAUUGCAACUAAUGUAAUGGAGGAAUAUAACAUCUACAACCAUGAACUUGAAAUGUACGGCACAAUAUUCCCAAAGUUCAGAGAUAUUCUAGCAACCAUUGGCUAUCGUGAAGACUUGGUACCUAGAACUGUAACCAUAGAUUAUGAUCAUAAAAGCAUCUUUUUCGAGGAUCUAACAGCGCGUGGUUUUUUAAUGCCCAAUGUAAAAAAGGGCUUCAAUGCGGAACACGCUAAAAUGAUUUUGUCGAAGGUGGCAAAAAUGCACGCAGCAUCAGUCCUGUUGGAUCAAGAAAACCCUAAAAUGUGUCGGAAAUUCGAUCGAGGCAUUUUCAAUAAACAUAAUCAAGGAUUUACUCCAUUUUUUGCCGGGAAUUUUGAGGUAUGCGCUCGAAUGGUUCGUGAUUGGGAAGGAUAUGAAGUGUAUGGUGAAAAAUUGAUGAAGCUUGUCCCGAAAUUUAUGGAGUAUGGGACGAGGGCUAUGGAACCGAGAAAACAUCAUUUCAAUGUUUUAACGCAUGGAGACUUGUGGUGCAAUAAUACAAUGUUCAAAUACAAUGACAAAGGAGAACCUGUGGAUGUUGUCCUUUUGGAUUUCCAAUUUAGCUGUUGGGCAUCUCCCACUGUGGAUUUACAUUACUUUUUAAACUCAUCUCUGGUGGAGGAUCUGCGGUUUAAUCACAUCGAGGAGUUUGUUCACUUUUACUAUUUGAAUUUACGAAAAACGUUAGAGGAUUUAGCAUUCCAAGGAAAGAUACCCACUCUUCAACAAUUUUGGAUGGAAUAUAUGGAAACAGCUUUCUAUGCGCUUUUCACAUUGACAAUUACGCAACCUGUAAUGCUCAAUGAAAUCGUGGAGGAUGCAUCGCUCAAUCGAUUUUUAGAGGGGAAUACGGAAAAGUCUAUGCAACUUCGUUAUGCAAUUUUCAGUAAUCCAAAAGUUCAGGAUAAUCUCCGAAGGUUGUUGCCAGUUUUUGAUAGGAGAGGUCUACUGGAUCUCCAGUCUUGAAUAUAUAGGAUGUUGUUUUUAAGUGCAGAU